AUGAAUAACUUUGGCUUUGACACGGAGGGCCACGAGGUGGUCGCUGCCUUUGCCGAUGAAGUUAAAGGCAAAACGUUCCUCAUAACUGGACCGACGCCAGGAGGCAUUGGCGCCGAAACUGCUAUAUCCUUGGCUGCAGCUUCACCAUCCACAAUCAUCCUCAUAGGACGAUCCGCGGUGAAAGGUCAGAUCACCGUCGAUAAGAUCAAGCAAGCCAAUCCCUCCGUGAGGGUCAAGUUCGUCGAAGCAGAACUUUCCUCAAUGAAGAGCAUCCGGAAAGCAGCACAAACCAUCCUCGACGACAGCAGCAUCCCAGUUAUCCACGCAAUCAUCAACAACGCCGGCAUCAUGGUCCCGCCUUAUAGCGUCACGGAAGACGGUUUCGAGUCACAAUUCGCCACGAACCACUUAUCUCACUUUUUACUCGUGAACAAGCUUGUUCCAAAACUGGUUGCUGCUGGAAAUUCACGGGUCAUCAAUGUCUCUAGCGUGGGCAACAAAUACAGCGGUAUGAACUGGGAUGACGUCCACUUCAAGACAACUUACACGCCUCAAAAGGGAUAUUCGCAGUCAAAGACGGCCCAGAUUCUAUUCUCCGUAUCGCUGAACAAGAAAUUGGCUUCCAAGGGUGUGCGAUCGUUUGCUUUGGACCCUGGCAGCGUUCAAACUGGGUUGGCGAAAUAUAUUUCACUGGAGAUUGCGGAGGAUAUGGCUCAGAAGAUUGCUGGCAAGAGCCUUGAAGAAGCUAAGGCGUCUAGGAGAAAGACUGUGCCGCAGGGUUGCGCUACUACAUUGGUUGCUGCGCUGGAUCCUGCGCUUGGUGAUGGGGUGUAUUUGGCGGAUUGUAAGAUUACAAGUGACCCGACUUGUGUUAGUGCAUGGGCACUGGAUGAGGAGGAAGCUGAGCGUUGCUGGACACUUAGUGAAGAGUGUUUAGGAGAACGAUUUGUGUACUGA